UGUCUGGCUAAAACGUCGUGAGCUUACCGUCGUGAGGGCUGUGAUACCUGCAUUCUGUCGCAGAAUAGGAGGGUCGCAGUGAACGAACGACACAGUUGGCCCAUGAGACGUCGCCGAUGCUUCGCGGUGCCUUUGGCAGCAGCACUCGCGUUUAUCAUCACCACUGCCAGAGGCAUGCCAACAGCGAUGACAGUGGAGGCCUUUCCAGGUGAAGCUUCAACAGAAGCAGUAUCAUCCUCGGACAACGCGUUCACCACAGAAGCAGGGCAGAUACCAAAGGACGGUUCCCAUCAUGGCGGUUUUCAUUAUGGUGUGACCGAAGGCACCGAAGCUGAUCAAGACAGCAAACGAACGGACGAGCCCAGCGAAGCAACCGGUACAUGGCCAUCUUCACCACAAUUACACCGACCUGUACCAACGGCAAUAGAUUACGAACAGAGUGGCGGUACUCGGUAUGCUUAUACCGUCGACUAUGGAAACGGUGAAGAUCUCACCACAGACUUAGCGGCGUCUGAAGGAAACAUGACGAAAACACAGGGGACAGAGCAGCCGCAGGAAAAAGUCUUCUGGAAGUUCUUCAAUGACGAUCUCGAUACGAUUCAACCAGCUGCCAAAGACCAGGCUAGUACUAGUGGCACACAGCUGCAGGAACAAAGAGAUAUGUUUAGCAAGUCAGCACGUUACAUUAACUCCUUCGGCUUGGUUUCUGAGCCACUUAUCGAAGCCCGAGCCGAUGACACAGAUGACGAUGUUCCGAGCAGGUUAAGUGCUGCCACAAUGUCGUCCAGUGGCUCUAGCGAUCCGCUUUCGAGCUCGGAAGCUGAACCGGAAGUCCACAAAAAUGCUGACGGUUCACGAGGCCACACGGAUCUGUCAAGCUCACCGUCAGUGACAGUGCCGUCAGUGACACAAACAUGGACAGCUGCUACGUAUCGGGACGUCGUGUCCGAGGACGCAAUAUCACCGAGAACGUACUCUACAAAAGCACCAGCUGAAGAAAUGCCGGAACUAAGUGGCACAGGAGGCGAAGGGAAGAUUGUUCAAAUGUCUGGCAUGGCUCCAAUUGCUGAGGUUACAUCAGAGAAAAGCCAUGAACGUUUAUCCAUUGGGAAGGAAGACUUGGCCUCCGGAAACAUGAAGGUCGAUACUGUUAACGGAGACAGUCAACAGACACCCGACGACUCAGAUGGAGAGCAUAAGGAUGAACCGACCAGAAGCGCAUCAACUGACAAACGUAAGGAUCCGUCUGUUAUUGUUUCAGCGAGAGAGGAGCAGGGAGACGCCGUCAGCAGCGGCCGCGCAAACCCCUUUCCACAAGCGGGUCAACCAGGGUCUGCCUCUCCCACAAUAAAGGCAUCCGGUGGAGAUGGAGCGCAAGGCGUACCUUCUGGCACUGCUCAAGGUGAUCAUCUGAUGGCAAGGGCUGGGGAUAAGCCUGAUUCAGACAAAGUAAGUCAACCGGGACUUCCAAGAACAGAGCAGCCGAAGGCUAGUGGUGGUGUAUCCGGUCGGGGAGCUGAGGCUCCAAAGUCAGCGGAAGUACCCAGAAGUGUAGACGCUCCUGCAGCUGGAAACAGCAAAGUGACUCAGCCAGAAUCUCCGAGAGCAGAGCAGCCAAAGGCCAGCGAGGCUGAAUCCGGUCGGGGAGCUGAGGCUCCAAAGCCAGCGGAAGUGCCCAGAAGUGCAGACGCUCCUGCAACUGGAAGCAGCAAAGGGAGUCAGCCAGAAUCUCCAAGAGCAGAACAGCCGAAGGCUAGCGGUGGCGAAUCCGGACGGGGAGCUGAGGCUCCAAAGCUAGCGGAAGUUCCCAGAACUUCAGACGUUCCUAUAGCGGGAAACAGCAAGGUGACUCAGCCAGAAUCUCCAAGAGCAGAACAGCCGAAGGCUGGUGGUGGCGAAUCUGGUCGGGGAGCUGAGCCUCCAAAGUCAGCGGAAGUGCCCAGAAGUCCAGACGCCCCUGCAGCGGGAAACAGCAAGGUGACUCAGCCAGAAUCUCCAAGAGCAGAACAGCCGAAGGCUGGUGGUGGCGAAUCUGGUCGGGGAGCUGAGCCUCCAAAGUCAGCGGAAGUGCCCAGAAGUCCAGACUCCCCUGCAGCGGGAAACAGCAAGGUGACUCAGCCAGAAUCUCCAAGAGCAGAACAGCCCAAGGCUGGUGGCGGUGUAUCUGGUCGUGGAGCUGAGCCUCCAAAUAAGUCGGCGGAGCCACCCAGAAGCUCGGACGUUCCUAUGGUCGGAAACAACAAAGCUAGUCAACCGGAAUCUCCAAGAUCAGAACAGAAUAAAGCGCAAGUGCCAGGAAAGGCCAGUGGCAGCCCGGAGUCACCGAGGUCGGAGCAGCAGAACCCACCCGCCAUCGUGAUGCCAGUGACCAACAAAAACAGCGAAGGCAGAGCAGACAGCGAACCUGAAACUCCGAGAACGGUGGUUCCGAAAAUACCUGCUCCAUCAAGCUCAGGUCAGGAUGGUAGAGGAGAGGCUAAAGGAGGUAAAGCCCCAGAAACUGUUGUGAUUGUUGAAGACAAGAAAGAAGGCAAAGAGGAGGCCAAGAAACCCGGACCAACAAAAACAGUUGAGACUACAGAAUCCGAAACACACAUUUCAAUUGACGAAAAUCCAGAGAGAAAACCGACUGCUGCGGUUGUUCAAGAGGGCAAACCACAUGACGGUAAGGACAAAGGCGAAGAAACAGUGCUAGUGGUUAAAAACGUAACAGUUGAAGUGGUACCAGAAGCAGAUGUUCCGGACUCCAAGCCAGAUAAAAUUGUUCCAGCAGUCUACUGGAGAUCGGCCUCUGAUGAAGAGGAUCCUGCAGCAGACGAUAUGGAAAAUAUUGGCAAGUGUUCCCCAUCGCCCCGUUUUCUUAUGAGAAUCACCUAG